GUCGACUCAACUGUAGACGACCACCACAAUACCACCGGUCGUGUAUCUCAUAAGGACGCGCAUGCUGAACCUCAAGCUCAUUUUAACCGUCUUUUCCUCUGCUACAAACUGAUCUCUUUCUUAACGCCCCAGCAUCGCCAUACAAAUCAGCAAAGCAGGACCCAGGACGCCUUUAAAAGAAUAAAAAGGACACUCUGCGGCUGGUCGCGUUUGGGUUCGAACGCCAAGAUGGAAGGGUUUACCAAGUGUUUUCUGCUAGUGAUCCUGUCCGUUUGCUUCGGCAGUCUGUGUGUGCUGGGCAGUGACGACUUGAUUGACCACCCGUAUAACGACGGAGUGUUCACAGGCGACCUCACCGAUGAAGAGGAGGGAGCCGCGGUAUUACAGAAUCUCAUCGGCGAUCUCAUUGAUGACGUGGACGCCAAAAACGGCCUCCGGCAAGCCAUGCUAGGGGAAACGCUGGAGCAGGCGCAGUUUGAGGCAGAGGCGAAGCGGGCCGGAUGCCGGAGAGGCCGGUGUGUCUUCCGGGGGCCCAAUCCGAACAUGGGCAGCCGGGUGCUACCAUUCGGCAAGAGGGAAGAAGUACCGGCCAACACCAUGGCGAGGAGGGGGCGUAGACCGUCCCGGAACCGCCCUCUACUGCCCUUUGGGAAGAGACGCUAACGCACAGACAGGUUCAAAAGGAAUCAGACACCCCUAAUAGCGAAGCAAAUUUUAGAUAGCUAGCUCUACUUUUAUUUUGGACUUUCACUUUAUUAUCACCUAAUCCAACUUUAUAUCCAAGAUGGCUGUUGGCGUUUUCGGAAUCGCAAAUAAAUUUAAGGUUUACAAGCUGUUGCCAGUUAUGUUUUAGUAAUUAUCUUUAACAUGUCUAAAAUAAAUCAGCAAAACGUAACUGACUUUAGAAUUUAUCCUAACCACAAAGAUUCGAAUUUUCCUGAUGUAAAUAAUACAAACAUUCAAUCAAACGUUUAAUUUUCAAGCCACUUAAGACCGGUUCAUACCUCCCGUGGAAGCAAAAGUCAACUUGAAUGUGUGGCGUCAGGUGAAAUAACUGCGUUGCGAAUUCGUAAAAGUUGAACACAUUUCAACUUGAGCGAAAUUUCUAUGCAAGUUUUAGACAUCAAAUCGGCUUUGCUUUCCCAUUCGCCUGAAGUAUGAACCACCUUUAUUUGGGCCCGUUUUUGCUCUUGCAAAAAGCCCAUUGGUCCGUAGAAAAUAAUUCAGCCGUCAGCAGAAACAUUCAUGGUAGCUCAGAUAUUCUAUUCUUUAUUUUUGAAAUGUCUAUUAGCUUUAUUGGCUCGUAAGGGGAAAAUCAAAUUGUGCUUUGUUUGAAAAAAAAAAAAAACAAAAUUAUAGCAUAAGGCAGUUCUGAUUGUUUCAUCCUUUUUUAUUUGUGUUCAGCACAGCUGUUUUCGUACUGUCCUCCUACCAAGAAUGGUGAAAUCAGAUUAAAAUCUUGGCUGAUCUGUGUAGCAUUUCUACAGUGAUAUUCCACAUUUACCAUCUCUUUCCUUCUGAGGUAUCUUUUCUUGAUUGCUUGAUUAUAUGUGAAAUGUGUCACCACAAAUUAAAGGCAGUCUCAAGCUCGCUUCCAAGAAGUGCCGAGGUUGAAACAACACCAAGACAGGCAUGGCAAAACUUUUGGGUAGACUUUUGCAAUCUGAAAGAUGCGCAGGUAGAAUAUGUUUCAUUUGUUUUAAGCUAAAAGGGCGUUUAAAUCUUGUGUAACAUUCUGACAUGGACCAGGACCCCUUACAAAAAAACAGAAACAAAACUGAUUAAACCAAACAAUUUGUCCUAGUGUCUGUAAGUGAAUGUUAAUUCCCAGCAGGAUUUUCGAUACUGCCGUCCGGUGUUCUAAACUGGCUUUACUGAACUAAAACUAAGUCAUGAAUUGACAAUUUAGUCAGACUCGUCGAAGUCCUUGGAAUUAAUAUUGGUUAGAGGGAUCGUAUUUGUUGUAUUUCCAACGUUGAAAGGUAUCGAUGGUCUGUUUAUAGAAAUCAGUUAUGAUACGAGUUUAGUUAUAUUACUCCUUCUUGUAUCAAUUUCUCUGAAGCCCUGGCUCGUCUCAAAGUCAACAUUUAAGUUGGUUCGGCACGCCCGAGAUUUGUUUACAAAAGGUGUUUAAAAUGGAGUGGAUCUACAGUUAUUCAACACAGUGUAAAUGGACAAAAUUAAUAAAGCUGCAAUGAAAUUAAUUCAGCCUUGUAAACAUUGAUACAUGCGGUUUUUGCAGAUGUCCCUGGCAAAGUGGCUUAUAGGAUCUGUAAAAUGUAAAAAGCAUUUUUUUAAAAGUCGCCUUUUGGGAGAAGUAAAAUGAGAAAUUUAUCAAGGGAAUGAUUCACGGGGUUGUAUGCAAAUGAACUUGAACGAAUAAUUAUUUUUUCCUUGUAACAAUUAGGCAUUUUCACACUGGGCAAAAUUAAGAUGGCUUCACAAAUUCAGCGAAAAUGAACUCUAAAUGGUAAACACUUCAUUCUUAGUCAGAAAAAAAGGAUUUAUUAAUGAAAGUUUAACAUAUAAUGUUGAUUCGUCUGUAAGAAAAACACAGAGCACAUCUGAGCUACGCUUUACAUGUGAUAGUUUAUCAGGUGGCCAGGAUUCAUUCAAAUAUUUAGUAAAUCUGGUUUUCAGCCUAAUUCUUAAGACAAUAAUAAAUAUCUACAGAAUGGAAACAAA